ACUGGUGCGUGAAUGUGAACGUGUGCAUGAGAAAAUACCAAAGGUGAUGAAAGUGAAAUGUGCCAGCAGCGAGUGCUAUGCGUGUCAUUAUAGAAGCGGCAUACUCAGCAUUGAUGUUGAAUGCGUUGUUUUGUUAACAUUCGACAUCGCCACGGUUGUUGUUUCAAAAUAGCUCCAUAACACCUGCUAUGCUAUAUGCUAUGGGAUUUCGCGUGAAAAAGACUACUGCCUAACGUCAAACAACGUCAAGUGCUGCUCCGGCCGCAGUGACUCGCAAAAACAUUGCGAAAUGGAGCUAAUGGAUUUAAGCCAUUUCUACUAACGACAACGAAACCUCAGCUUUGCACACACGAGAAGUCUUCAGGGAAAGACUGCGCCAGAUCAUCGGCGCCUUUGAGUCACAACCACCAGAAGGAAAUCAAGGCAUCCUGAGAUAUUUACUACGGUUAUUAUUCGUCUUAUUCGUUUCCAGUUUUCUACAAACGGCAAUGUCCGCACCGACAAGAGACUUCAAAUCGUGUGCGGAAAUCAAAGAAAGCGGGUUCAGUCAUCAGGACGGCACAUACUGGAUCGAUCCGGAUGGAGAGGGAGGGAUUCUUCCGUUCUCUGUCACAUGCAAGCUGUCGCAGCCCGGUUCAGGCGUCACUAUCGUCACUCACAACGCCGACAAAUGCCUUCAUGUAAAGGGCUAUGAAGAUCCAGGGUCUUAUCGACACGACGUCAUAUACGAAGGCGCAACAAUAGAACAACUUACCGCGCUGACUCAAGUAUCCACAACGUGUGAUCAGUAUAUGCGAUAUGAAUGUUUUGGAAGUGUCAUUUACAGCAACAGAGCAAGACUCAGGUAUGCUUGGUGGCAAUCGCGUGACAACGAGAGGCAGUUUGAUUGGGGAGGAGCUCCAUGGAAUAGCGGUGAAUGCGCCUGCACCAAAAACCGAUCCUGCUUUACUCGAGGGGAAGUGUGCAACUGUGACAGUAACGCAGAACUUUGGCUUAGCGACAACGGUUUACUUAACAACAAGACCCUCCUGCCAGUUACACAACUCAGGUUUGGCGACACUGGAGGCAAAAAUGCCAGGGAGGAGGGAUAUCAUUUUCUUGGUCCUUUGCGAUGCUACAAUGGUAUUGAACAGACUCCAUAUCAAGAACCAAGCAGCUGCACGGAGACGCCAUCCUUGUCAAAUAGAGAAAGCGGCGAUUCAACCAGUUCCCCCAUAGUGAUAUCUGAAAAGCAAAAGAACCAGUUGAAUGUGUAUCGCUCCUGUGCUCUACUGUUCCAAAGUGAAGAUUUGGCAGAUGGAGAAUACGAAAUUGACCCUGAUGGAACGGGACCUAUACGACCAUUUGUUGUGCGGUGUGUCAGGCAAAAUGGAACUGUUGUUGCCGUGGUUCAUCACAAUGCUGACCAAUGUCAAGUGGUAACUGGUUAUGAAGAGCCAGGUAGCUAUGACCUGCCAAUAAGCUACAAUGGAGUCACCACACAGCAACUGACCAGUCUCACAGAGUAUUCAAGAACCUGCAUACAAUAUUUGCGGUAUGAAUGCUUUGGCAGCAUUUUCCGCAGCACGAUAUAUCCAGGAUUGAGGUAUGCAUGGUGGGAGGCCAGAGAAGGCACAAACCAGUCAAGCUGGGGAGGUGUGCCCUCAAAUGUUGAUGGGUGUGAAUGCAGCCUGACUGAUACUUGCAAGGACCGAAACAACGUGUGUAACUGUGACUCGAAUCGUAAUGAGUGGAACACAGAUGGUGGACUUCUGACAGACAAGACGUGCUCCCUGUGA